AGAAAGUCAAAAGGAGUUUAGUUGCAGGUAACUACUAUCUAUGGCCACAAAUUUCCACUUCAUAUCACUAGAUCUGAUUUUUUUGUUCUGUGUUUUCUUCUUUCCACUGCAAAAAGAUAAUUAGCUAUUUUCGUUAUUAGGAGAUAAUGUGUUAUUAUCGCAUUAAAACACGUACACGCAGCUAAAAUGUAACUUCUUCAUGGAAAUGUUAUUAAUCUGAUAGAUAGAGUAUCCCGAAAAAAACAUCCUUACAAUGUUAACUGUUUUUCUCAUUUACCAAGAACUUGUGCAACUUUGAAUUUGACUACAUUCUUCUAAUUUGUGUCAUGACAUUAGCAGCUACUUCUUAUAUUGGAGGAAUUGCGAUGCUAAUUAUGUUACUCCUGUACUUAAGAACAAAAUGCUCCCUUAAUUCCAUGAUUUUCUGGAAAACAAAAAGAGAAGAUUACAGAAAUGUAAAAGCCUUCUUGAAGAACCAUGGAUCACUCGCACCAAGGAAGUACAGUUAUUCUGAAGUCAAGAAGAUGACAGAUUAUUUCAAAAAUAAACUUGGUCAAGGAGGCUUUGGUUGUGUUUUCAAAGGAAAGUUGCACAAUGGGAGUCUCGUGGCAGUCAAGGUCUUGAAGAAAUCGAAGGGUGGGGGAGAAGAGUUUAUCAAUGAGAUGGCAAGUAUCAGCAGGACUUCUCACAUUAAUAUGGUAUCACUUGUUGGAUUUUGUUUUGAGGGUCAAAAUAGAGCUCUCCUCUAUGAUUUCAUGCCCAAUGGAUCCCUUGAGAAGUUCAUUUACAAUGCAAAAUCCGGGACAAAUCAUCAACUAGGAUGGAAAACAUUGUACGAUAUUUCACUUGGCAUUGCUAGAGGAUUGAAGUAUUUGCAUUGUGGUUGCAAUACUCGAAUUGUACAUUUCGAUAUAAAGCCUCACAACAUUCUUCUCGAUGAAGACUUUUGUCCCAAAAUAUUCGAUUUUCGUCUUGCAAAACUAUGUAACACUAAGGAAAGCAUCGUAUCUUUAUUGGGUGCAAGAGGGACCACUACGGGGUACAUAACGCCAGAAAUUUUCUAUAAUAAUAUUGGAGGAGUUUCUCACAAGUCAGAUGUGUACAACUACGGUAUGAUGGUGCUCGAGAUGGUUGGAGGAAGGAAAAAUGUUGAUGUUGUUGACCAUACCAGUGAAAUCUACUUUCCACACUCGAUAUAUAAACAAAUUGAACAAAAGGAAGAGCUUGGAUUAACUGGCAUUGUGAAGGAAGAGGACAAAAAACUUGCAGAAAAGAUGAUACUGGUGAGCUUGUGGUGCAUCCAAAUGGAUCCGGCCAGCAGGCCUUCUAUCAGUAUGGUCGUCGAGAUGUUACAAGGCGAACUCGGAUAUUUACAAUGCCUCCCAAGCCUUUCAUGUAUUCUUCUUUUUCAUGGUCAGACGGUGACAUGCCUAGUACUACCUACAUGGUUUAGGAAUGGACAGUUCAAGUUUGAUUUUAUCUAG